GGGGCGCGGCUGCCCCGCUUCGCUAGGAGGCCACGUGGCGCAGAUGACGUUACGGGCGGGGUGCGAGGCCUCGCCCCCGGGCGGGGCCGCGCCGCUCCGCGCUCCGAAGGGAAUCCCGGUGACGUAAGGGGAGCCCCGGCGCGCGCCCCACGCCGGCCGCCGCUCGGGGUCCCGGUGUGCUGUCUCUGGGCCCCGCCGCCGGCAUCGGUCGCCGUCCCUCUCGUCCUCCCGCCGCCCCACGCGCCCCGCUUUGCGGCCCGCCCCGGCGGCGGCGGGACGGGAGGGGCGCGGCGAUCCCUGCCCGACGGCGCAUCCGCGGCGGCCCUCGGCUGUCCGAUGGGCUGGCGGGAGGUGCUGCGGGGUGCGGAGGCGGGGCGGGGAGGAGAGGAGAGAGGCCCCGCGCGGGGAGGACCGCUAAGUGCCAGAUGUUUGGCAACAGUCAGGGAGGAAGUCGCUGCCGGGGCCCUGAGUCCCGCCCGAGCCGCGCCGGAGUAGGCAGGGCCGCGCCAUGGCCCGCACGGCUCCCCCGACAGUGCCGCCGCCCCCGGGGCCGCCGGCCCGCGGCUCUCUCAGCCUCCAUCGCGCCUACCUGCGGAGCCCGCUGGGCCUGCUACGCCUGGGGCAGCUGGCUCUGGGCGCUGCCUUCUGGGUGACGGUAGCGGCUCAUAAGUACGAGGGGGCGGCCCACUUCGCUCUGUUUGCCGCCGUCCUCAUCUGGCUCCUCACCCUGGCCCUCUUCGGGCUGAGCCUGCUGGGGCGCUGGGAGCUGGUGCCCUGGCUGGGCUCCCGCUGGCUCCUCACCAACCUGGUGCACGACCUGGCACUGGGUGUGGGGCUCUACGCAGCUGCCACUGGCAUCAUGGGUCACAAGGCCAAGCAGAGAAGCUUUUGCAACCUGCCGGGCUACAGCCAGCACUGCCUGUACAGUGCCUACCUGAGCGCCUCCAUCUGCGGGGGCAUCACUGCCUGCCUGUACCUCUUCUCCGGGCUCUAUUGCCUGUUGCGGCGUUGCCAGGACCAGCGAGACAUCAUCUGAGAUCCCGUGCCACUUGGCUCCCCUUCUCAGCCGCAGACAGAACACAGCCUGUCUUUGGGAUGAAACGACCCUGCCACCCCAUCCACUCCUGGCUGACUGCACUGCAAUUCCUCCAGAGACUCCUGCACAAACGGACGGACAGACAGAGGCCUUCGCGGAGCACGGCUUCCCCUGCAGCGCACCGAGGCAGUGUGGACACUCAGCCACUGCACAGGCCCUUCUCCCAGCCCUCGACAGACAUAGGCUACUGCAAGUGGAAGGACCCAAAUGGAGAGCCCCUAAGAGGGAUAUCAAUCUUUGGGAGCCCCCCUAGGACUCAAGCCAAAAUCCCCUGCCCCUGGUCUUGCAGAUGCUGCAUGCUCAGGUGGGUGCUGACUAUUCCCUGGGGUAGAGAGGGGAUGCCUGGGGGAGCUGAGCUGGGGGCAGCAGCUCCUAGUGGAGUUGGAUGGGCAUAAACCCCCCUGACCUGCUGGCAGCCCCGUCUUGCCAUUCCAGCUGCAUGGCGCCUCCACAAUUCCCUAAGGGAGGCUCUGAACUUGGCUUCCCCAGCCUGGGCCCCUCCUUCUGUCUGGCCUGAAAACAUUCUUUAUCUUAUUGGAGCCCCAAAGGGCUCAGUGCCUUCCUGCCCUGCACUCAAGGGGUGUGGAGACACCCAGGUACUGCACAGCCAGAUCCAGCAUUACCCCAGUCCAGUUUGGAGGCUGAGAAGGGCAGCAAGGCCUCCAUUGCUGUGGAGGGAGAGGAAGGACAAGUGGAGCCGUAACCUGUUCUGUGACCCUGGGCAGGGGGUAAAUUCCUCCAGCCCUGGAGUUUGUGCAGCCCUGGGAUGGAGCCAGGUGCCCCAGAGGCUGAGGGGAGCCAGUCAUGGGGUUGUUGUCUCCUCUCCUGCUGUCCCUGCAGAGAGGUUUGUGGCUCCAAGCCAUCCAGAGCCACUGAACCAGCCCUGGGACCAGGCUACUCCAAAAGGGACAGAAACAGCCUCGCUGGUUCUGGAGACCAGCCUGCAGCCCUGCCUGUCUCUGCCGCACUUGGUUUAUCAUCCUGGAAAAUCUUCAUCUCUGGACUCACUGGGAGUGGGCAGUGCCUGGAGACUGUGGUGAGGUGGAGGGGAAGGGUGAGCAUUGCAGCAUGGCAGUGCUAGGCUGUGCUGGGGAGCUGGGGCCAGGCAUUGUGGGAUCACAACCUAUCUUGGAGAACAGAAGAGGACACUGGCACUGGAGCCAGCCCAGCCCUGGAUCAGCCUCCCAAAUCCAUCAGGUGUCAAGUCCUGACGAGGCCAUGUAGGGCUGACUAGAGAAAUGGGCAGCCAGAGACAGAAUUUUUGGAGCAGAGCCCCACUAGGGCUGCCAUGCCACAAGCCCUCCUCACCCUGCCUGGAGGCAGGUCCUUUCUAUUGCUCCCAGUUCGAGGGAGGGUCUGCUCCAGUCUCUACAUAGACUUAGAUCAGUGAUAUGGGUGUCCCCAGCAGCUGGCCACAGCUGCCUGUUGCCUGGGGUUCCCUGGCGCCUUUUUUGAGGUGGAGAGCAGCAGCCAUGAUUCCCCUGGGUGCUUGAAGGGGUCUGGGAUUGGUACUGAGUCACCACUUCCAUCAUGAUGUGCUGUCCCAGUGCAUACCCCAUCAUGCUCAGGGCUCCUUCCAAGCCCCAGGCCAUGUACCCCUUCCUUGGGUAGGACAUGCUGGCUGUGCCCUGUGUCAAGGCUGGUCCCUGACACUGCCUGCCUCUGCCUUACUCUGGUGCAGCCCUUGGCCCAGGCUGUCCAAAAUGCCCUCGGUGCUUCUGCCAGCACAAGUGCCUUCCCCUGGCUUUCUGCAGCCCUGUCUGUCACACCAGCUCUAUCCCCCUACAGCCUCCUUUCAGGUGCCAAUGGAUUCACCUUCCAAAUAAAGCAAUGUUGGCGCUCA